CAGGAAGUACAAGUUAUUCAGCUGACCAUGGCCUGUGUCUUUUCACUUCUCCACAGACACUUCUCCAUACACUGUCAUCAUGGCGUAUUCUUGGACUCUUUUAGUCAUACUUUUCUCAACAAAACUGAGCAUUUGUGGAGGAGAUGUGGGUGAUUUUUCCCCUUGUUUACAGUUCUUCUACAAAUCUUGGCCGCUGAAAGGUCUGACCGGGACUCCAAUCUGUCAGAGAUACAGCAACCAGUAUCGCUUUGCCUCACUGUACAGCCGCCCGAGGAGGUCAGCCUGGUUCUCUGCCUAUGUGUACAGUGUCCCAAUGGGGAAGAGACCCUCUACAUCCUGGAAGUAUGAGCCACAGCUGGCUUACCCCAAGGCCAAUGGCAACAUGGCGCUGUUCCCUCCAGGCCCCUUAGAUGUGAAUGUGGUGGAGAGUCAGGCCGUGGAUCCGGACUACAUCAACUCCUCCUUUUCUCGUGGUCAUUUGAACCCCAGUCUGCACCACCAGCAGUACGAUGACCGUUCCUCCACUUUCACCCUUACCAACGUGGUCCCCCAAAAGGCCGGGUCCAACGAUGGGCCCUGGGAAACCCUAGAACAAACCAUCAACAAAACAUUAGCGGCUUAUUGCAUUGGAAAAGCUUACAUAGUUACAGGGAUUAUACCCUACAAGGAUCAAGAGCAUUGGAUCAACAAUCGUGUGGCAGUACCAGAGUACUUAUGGUCUGCCUAUUGUUGCCCACAGUUCAACAACAGCCUUCCACCAUAUCUAAAAAGUACCUUUCCAACAUACGCAGCUAUUGGUCGUAAUGAUAGAAAUAGUACUGAGGAGAUUGUGCCAGUAAACAAGACAGCAAAGAAGGCAUUUUUAGGCUAUGAUGUGAAACAAAUGAGCCUGGAAACACUGGAGAUGUAUUUAAAACAAAGGUUCAAUACUGUGGUCAGUGUUUUCUAUGAUAGUUGUAAUGGGUAAUUUAUAGGCUAAAUGUGUCACUAAUCCAUAAUAAAACACUAUAGUAAACAAAACACACACACAAACAAACAAAAAACUAAACAUAGUGCAAAAUUGUUGAUGCUAAAUAUGUGGACAAUGUAUAUUGUUACUUAUUUUUGCCACACGGGCAUUGAUACUAAUUAGUUUCAGAACUAACACUUAUUCAAAAUCUGAAAUGUCACAUUAGUUUAAAUGUUCUGUAAAUGUGCACUUUA